UCGGUAAUAACACACAUCUUUCAGUGGCAUUUCAAUAAGCAACUUCUCUUUUAAUCAAACCUUUCCUCUGUCUCUCUCUUUUCUCUUUCUUCAAAGUUCGUGCACAGAAAACAAUGAGAGGACUCUCCAUAAACUCCGGCGCGGCGGCGAUUUUCGGGAUCUUUGUAAUCCUCGCCGUCCAGCACUUGUCCGUAGCCGCCGUUGCUUCUCACUCCCUCGACUUCCCUCCGUUCGAGACAGAGUGCCGCGGUACCAUCGCCGAGUGCUCGGUUUCCGCAGCCUUCGGCGACGAAGGAGAUCUCUUCUACGGCGGAGGAAUGGGAGCUGAGUUCGAGAUGGACUCGGAGAUCAACCGGCGCAUGUUAGCGACCAGGAGGUACAUCAGCUACGGUGCGCUGAGGAGAAACACUGUUCCCUGCUCAAGACGCGGCGCGUCUUACUACAAUUGCCGACGUGGCGCUCAGGCCAACCCUUACUCUCGCGGCUGCAGCGUCAUCACUCGCUGCCGGCGAUAAAUAUUGUAAACUGUAAUUUCCUCGAAAUUCCUUUUUUAUAUAUAAUUUGUCAGAAUUUUCGUAGCUCAUUGCUUAUUUCAUACGCAGUCAUAGAGGAUGA